CUUCUCAAGGAACAACUGAUUGAAGGAAUCGCGAAAUGGAGGGAGGAGGAAACCAGAAGAAGUUCCUCCACGGAACACUCGAAGUUACCAUUUUCCAUGCCACUCCUUACACACCAUCUUUUCUUUCUAAUUGUUUGUUUUUUCGAGAGAAACCCACCUACAUCACAAUAAAGAUAGACAAGAAGAAAGUAGCAGAGACAAGCCAUGAAUUCAACCGUGUGUGGAACCAAACUUUCCAGAUCCUCUGUGCUCAUCCAUCGGAUUCUUCAAUCACCAUAACAAUGAAGACAAAGUGCUCUUUCUUGGGAAAGAUUCACAUUCCAGCCCAUCAGAUAUUAAAUGAAGAAAGUCUGAUCGAUGGAUUCUUUCCUCUCCUGACUGAGAAAGGGAAGCCAAACCAAAAACUCAAACUCCGAUUCAUUUUAUGGUUUAAGCAAGCAGAAUGUGAACCAAGCUGGGGGAGAGUACUAUCCCAUGGUGAUUUCCAGGGAAUAAGGAACUCAACAUUUCCGCAACGAUCUAGCUGCUGUGUCACACUCUAUCAAGAUGUUCACCAUCACUCAACCUUCCAUCCACCAGUUUAUCUCCAAGGGCACCCAAGAAAGCUGUGGGAGGAUGUAUACAAGGCCAUAGACGGCGCCAAGUUUUUAAUAUACAUUGCAGGGUGGUCUUUCAAUCCUAAAAUGGUGCUGGUCAGAGACUCUCAUACUGAGCUUGUACAUGCAAGGGGCAUAAAGAUUGGUGAAUUGUUGAAACGAAAAUCAGAAGAAGGUGUAGCUGUGAGGAUCAUGCUUUGGGAUGAUGAAACAUCUCUACCGAUCAUCAAGAACAAGGGAGUUAUGAGAACACAUGAUGAAGAUGCCUUCAACUACUUUAAGCACACCAAGGUGAUAUGUAGAUUAUGCCCCAGGCUACAUCGUAAGUUCCCGACAUUCUUCACUCACCACCAGAAAACCAUCACAGUGGACACCCAAGCACAUUUUAUGCCAACUAGUGUUGAUAAUUGCAGUGAUGAAAUCUAUACUAGUUUCAGCUGUAGAGAAAUUAUGAGUUUCAUCGGUGGGGUGGAUCUGUGUGAUGGCCGCUACGAUACUGAAGAGCAUUCCUUGUUUCGAACAUUAAACACUGAAUCUCAUGCUCAAGACUUUUAUCAGAUAAACAUUGCCGGCUCUAGUCUUCUCAAAGGUGGCCCAAGAGAACCUUGGCAUGACACUCAUGCUUGCAUUACAGGUGAGGCUGCUUGGGAUGUGUUGGCUAACUUUGAGCAACGGUGGACUAAGCAAUGUGAUCCUUCUUUGCUAAUUCCAACCGGCACCAUCCCAGAUCUAAUUCGCCAGCCUUCUCUCAAGAAUGUGGACUCUAGAGGGGAUUGGAAAGUUCAGGUCUUUCGAUCAAUUGAUCAUGCAUCUGCAACCCAACUGCCGAAUGGUGUCUCUAUCGAGAACAGUAUCCAUGAAGCUUAUGUUGAAGCAAUUAGGCAUGCAGAAAGGUUUAUCUACAUUGAGAACCAAUAUUUCAUAGGAGGAUGUCCAUUUUGGGAGAAGGAUAAACAUUGUGGCUGCAGGAACUUGAUCCCUGUGGAGAUUGCACUUAAGGUUGUGAAUAAAAUUAAAGCAAGGGAACGAUUUGCUGUAUAUAUUGUGAUACCAAUGUGGCCAGAAGGAGUACCUGAGAGUGAAUCAGUUCAGGACAUACUGCACUGGACUAGACAGACAAUGGCAAUGAUGUAUAAGCUUAUUGGAGAAGCAAUUCAAGAGAGCGGCGAGCCGGGGCAUCCACGAGAUUAUUUGAAUUUCUUCUGCCUUGCCAACCGGGAAGAGAACCGCAAAGGAGAGUUCAUGCCUCCUUACUCCCCUCAACCAACAACCCAUUACUGGAAAGCUCAAACAUACAGGAGGUUCAUGAUUUAUGUACACUCCAAGCUCAUGAUAGUGGAUGAUACAUACAUGUUAAUAGGCUCUGCUAAUAUAAACCAGCGAUCAAUGGAUGGACGACGGGACACUGAAAUAGCAAUAGGAUGCUACCAGCCCCAAAGCAUUGAAAACAAAAUGACCAAUGGAGAUGUUCAUGUAUAUAGAAUGUCCCUCUGGUAUGAGCACACUGGUUGCACUGAAGAGGUAUUCCUAGAGCCACAAAGUUUGGACUGUGUAAGGAGAAUCUGUUCAAUUGGAGAGGAGAUGUGGAGUGUAUACGGCAGAGAAGAGACAGUAGAUAUGGAAGGUGUCCAUUUAGUGAGUUACCCUGUCCAUGUUCUGAAUAAUGGUUCUAUGGAAGAUCUAAUGGAAAGUGGAGGGACUUUCCCUGACACCGCAACUCCUAUUAAAGGGAAGAGGUCCAUAAUACUACCACCCAUUGUUACUACUUAGUCAAGAUAAAAAUGUACAAGCAUUAACCGUAUUUG